AUGGUCAAGAAGGGCUGCUUCUUCCAAGAUUGGACAACGGCCGAGGCCAGAUUUGAGCCUGGAUAUUACUCGACACUGGCCUCGAAUCGCUUCUAUUUGUGUGCUGAAGACAUGUGCAAUGUCGAUGAACUAACGGCGAAGAAUUCCAUCGCCAAUUGCACGCCAAAUUAUCCGCCGUUUCUCGGGGCCGUCAGGAGACAUGGGAUGAUGUCAGGCAAGCUC